GGCUCGUGCGGCGGCGGGACCGGGAGCGCGCGCGCCAUGGGGGCGGCGGAGCCCGACCUCUACCGGGACACGUGGGUCCGGUACCUGGGUUAUGCCAACGAGGUGGGUGAAUCCUUCCGCCCGCUGGUGCCGGUGCCGGUGGUGUGGGCCAGCUACGGCGUGGCCACCGCGUACGUGACCGCCGACGCCAUCGACAAGGGCCGGAGAGCUGCCACCGCGCACGCGCAGGACCCGGCGCAGGCCACGCGCGUUGGGGUGGCCGUGGUGGACACGUUCAUCUGGCAGAGCCUGGCCUCGGUGGCCAUCCCCGGCAUCACCAUCAACCGCCUGUGCGCCGCCUCGCUGGCCCUGCUGGGCACCCUCACCCGCUGGCCCCUGCCCCUGCGCCGCUGGGCCACCACCGCCCUGGGGCUGGCCACCAUCCCCGUCAUCAUCACCCCCAUCGACAGGAUGCUCCUGGGAUUAGGACAGCUCCAGCCCCUCCAUCAGAGCCAGUUAACCAGGGACACCACCCCCCACUUCCCUUCUCCUGCCGCAGGACCGUGGACUUCCUGAUGGACUCCAGCCUCCGCAAGCUCUAUGGGGCACCAGGAGAGCCCCCGGCCCCACACUGAGCCCCCGCUGGGGGCACUGAACCUGAUCUUGGGGUGCUGAGACCCACUGACUGUGAACCCACCUCCCCUGAUCCCACACCCGGUAACGGCCCCGGGGCUGGUCCUAAUAAACCAUUUCAAGGCUGA